UAUGUUUUGGAUUUGUUAGAUUGAUUUUGUCAUCCAAGUGUCAAUCUUUAUCCAACAGGUGGCGCUCUUCAUGAAUUUGCAGGAAUUUCAUCUUUUUUUCUUUUUUAAAGGGAAACACUAGAAUUCUGGCCUCAUUUUACAGAUAAGUCCUUCCAUCUUUAUAAGUGAUGCGAUAAACACGCAGGACGCGUCCAUGUUUCCUGUUUCUGCUCUUCAGCUGCUUUUGACUCUGUGAGGGGGGGGGGGUCCUCCUCAGCCUCCGCCCGCCCCGUUGCCACUGCCCCCCUCCCACCGCACCGAAACGGCGGUCAGGCUGAGGUGGACGACGGACCAUCGGAGGGGGGAUUCCGAGCCAACUGCCCUGCUGAGAGGGGCGAUGAUGGCCGCCUGCGGAGGAUGCGCCGGGUCGCUGGAUCGGUACCGGGCCGAGGUGGACAGGCUGACGCAGGAGCUGGCCGAGGCGAACCGGGAGAAGAUCCGCGCGGCGGAGUGCGGUCUGGCCGUCCUGGAGGAGAACCAGGCGCUGAAGCAGAAGUACGCGGAUCUGGAGACGGAGCAGGAGAGCCUCCGGAAGGAGCUGGAGCAGCUGCAGGAGGCGUUCGGCCAGGCGUAUAGCAACCAGCGUAAAGUGGCUGAAGAUGGGGAGACCAUCGAGGAGACGCUCCUGCAGGAGUCCGCCUCCAAAGAGGCCUACUACGUGGGCCGCCUGUUGGAGCUGCAGACGGAGGUGACGCUGAGCCGUUCCGUGGUGUCCAACACUCAGUCGGAGAACGAGAGGCUCAACGCUUUGCUGCAGGAGCUGCAGGAGAGUAACGAGAUCCUGGAGCUGCAGCGCAGCAGGAUGAGGGAGGAGAUCAAGGAGUACAAGUUCCGAGAGACCCGGCUGCUCCAGGACUACACGGAGCUGGAGGAGGAGAACAUCACGCUGCAGAAGCUGGUGUCCACGCUCAAGCAGAGCCAGGUGGAGUAUGAAGGACUGAAACAUGAAAUCAAGGUCCUGGAGGAGGAGACGGUCCUCCUCAACAGCCAGCUGGAGGACGCUCUGCGCCUGAAGGAGAUCUCGGAGAGCCAACUGGAGGAAGCGCUGGACGCCCUGAAGAGUGAGCGCGAGCAGAAGAACAACCUGAGGAAGGAGCUGGCCCACCACAUCAGCCUGACCGACAGCGUGUACGGCGCCGGGGCCCACCUGGCCCUCACCGUCACCGGCGUCGAGGGCCUCAAGUUCCCAGAGGACGCCAACGCCGCCAACCCCGCAGCUAACGGCAACAUGGAGGACAGCAACCGCUGCAACGGUCACCUCCACAGCAACGCCAAAAUCAACGGGGACUACCGAGCCGGCCGCAAAGGGGAGGGGCUUGUGCCGGACCUGUUCAGCGAGCUCAACCUGUCGGAGCUGCAGAAGCUCAAACAGCAGCUGCUGCAGGUGGAACGUGAAAAAGCCGCCCUCCUCAUGAACCUGCAGGAGUCGCAGACGCAGCUGCAGCACACGCAGGGAGCCCUGAGCGAGCAGAGCGAGCGCGUCCAUCGCCUCACGGAGCGCGUCAACGCCAUGAAGCGUCUGAACGGAGACAAAGAGCUGGGCGACCCGCAGGAGAGGGAGAAACCCGACGGAGGCUCGCCGCUGUCGGCCAACAGCCACCCGGACCAGGACAGCCACGGCUUUGAGGUCCUGGAGUGUAAGUACAAAGUGGCGGUUACCGAGGUUAUUGACCUGAAGGCGGAGCUUAAGGCCCUAAAGGAAAAGUACAACCAAGCAGUGGAAGGACAAGGAGACAGCAACAGCGAUGACCGACUCCAGGCGCUGACUGAACAGAUAUCACAGUUGGAACGGAACUUCCGCGAGAGCCAGGAGAGGGUGGCGAGCCUGGAGGCGGAGCUCCGAUCCACAGCAGCCACUGCCACGGAGAGUCAGGGUAUGCUGAACGCAGCUCAGGACGAGCUGGUGACGUUCAGCGAGGAGCUGGCUCAGCUGUACCACCACGUCUGUCUCUGCAACAACGAGACCCCAAACCGCGUCAUGCUGGACUACUACCGCCAGAGCCGCAUCACGCGCGGCGGCAGCCUCAAAGGGCCCGACGACCCCCGCGCCCUGCUGUCCCCCCGCCUGGCGCGGCGGCUCGCUGCCGUCUCUGCCGCCUGCUCCUCCGAUUCCCCGCGGAGCCCCAUGGACUCCCCAUCCAAAGACGUCCAUGAGACCACCAACUCUGUAGACUCCUCCUCCUGCCAAGGCAGCCCCAACCGGAGCGCCACCGCCUCUCCCGUCAUCACCAUCUUCCCCUGUCCGUCCCCCGUGUCCUCGGAGGCGGGGGGAGACCUGCGCAAGGAGCCCAUGAACAUUUACAACCUGAACGUCAUCAUUCGAGACCAGAUCAAGCACCUCCAGAGGGCGGUGGACCGCUCGCUGCAGCUGUCCCGGCAGCGAGCUGCAGCCAGAGAGCUGGCCCCCACGCUGGACAAGGACAAGGAGUCCUGCAUGGAGGAGAUCCUCAAGCUCAAGUCUCUGCUCAGCACCAAGAGAGAGCAGAUCGCCACCCUCAGGCUGGUGCUCAAAGCCAACAAGCAGACGGCAGAAAACGCUUUGGCCAACCUGAAGAGCAAGUACGAGAACGAGAAGGCCAUGGUGACGGAGACCAUGAUGAAGCUGAGGAACGAGCUGAAGGCGCUCAAAGAGGACGCCGCCACCUUCUCCUCGCUCCGCGCCAUGUUUGCCACGAGGUGCGACGAGUACGUGACGCAGCUGGACGAGAUGCAGCGGCAGCUGGCGGCGGCGGAGGACGAGAAGAAGACGCUGAAUUCCCUCCUGCGCAUGGCCAUCCAGCAGAAGCUGGCUCUGACGCAGCGCCUGGAGGAUCUGGAGUUCGACCACGAGCAGACGCACCGCGGACGGGGCGCCAAAGUGCCCAAGAUUAAGAGCAGCCCACCCAAAUUUCUUGUAGAUUGUCAGCAGCCUGCUGCCUCAGUACCGUCACUCUCCUCACAAGUGAGGCGAGGGAGAGUCCGCAGUCAUAAAUCCUCCGUGGACCUCCAGGAGGCGGCCCUCCGCAGCAGUCGCAGCCUUCUGGCCCCCUGUGACCCUCGUAACUGCCUGGCGUACCAGCCUCACCCCCCCGGGUCCUGAUCCCGGGACUCGUGCAAAGACUCGCGCAGGGACUCCGAGGACUGGCGGCGCCGGGUUACCCGGGUCACAGAGGAGCGGCGAAAGGCUCCGGACUUCUCUGAAAGCAAAGGACUGAGCCGAGGACUAAACCAUCGCUUUAACGUAUUAAUUUAUUGAUUAUUUAUCAGACCGUUUUUUAUCAGAACUGUUUUUGUUGUGUCUUAAAUCUGAGCUUUCUCGUGGUCAGGAUGAAUGUUCAAAGGAACGUCGGACUAAAAUAUGGGAUUGAAGGAGUUCUUGCAGCGAUGGAUUUGUGUUUGACACACUGAUGAGGUGAAAUCUUCUAUAACCACUUUUAUUUUGUGGAGGCUGAACUUCAGCUCUAAUGUUACGUCUGGAGUCACAGAACGCUUUUCUACUCAUUUUUGUUUGUGUUUUUCAAAGUGGAUCAUAUCUGUCUGAUCAGGACUAAUCCUAGUAUUUGUUUAAUCCUUUGAAUUUGAAUCGCACUGCUUUAAAUCAGAGGUCCUCAAACUACGGCCCGCGGGCCGAAUCAGGCCCGCCUCCACAUUUGGCCCGGCCCCCAACACACUAUCAGACACGAAUCAUUUUGUUUUUUAUUUCUCAGUCUGACUAUUUAUUGGUUUAUUAGUGU